AUGAAGGUCCUCGGGAUGCCCUCUGCCUACCUCUGUCACUCUGGUUAUGUGAGCCUAGGGAGAUGCAUCACCUUAGUGCGCAGCCUCGUUGGGUGGUAUGGAGUGACCGCGGAAAGCAGAGGCAGGCUCCUGGCUGAUCAGGAUGUGGCCUCUGAGCACACCGCUCUGACCCCGAGGAGGAAUUACUGGUACAAUGGGUCGGAUGACUUCUCUACACAGUGGAACAUUGUCAUGGAGAAGCUGAGGUGCUGUGUGUCAGGGGCGGGGAAUAACUAUACAGAUUUUGAUGGCUCUUCCUUUCAAGAGACAACCGGCCACUCCUACCCCAGGGGCUGUUGUAAAUCCACAGACACUCUGGACUGUGAUGGGUAUAAUGUGUCCUCGGAUGUCAUCUCUCAGGGGCUAAAACUUCUGAAAAUCACCAGGACCCUGAGUGGAGUCUCCUUGGGGGCAGCAGCAGUACAAGUGUCAUCUGACUCAGUGCCUGAGGAGGUGAGUACCAGUCUGCCAUGGGCUGGAAAGGUGGCUCUGUGGCCAGAGAGCCAGCAGCACCCACAGUUCCAGAUCCAAGGGAUGCAACAGUCUGGCCUGGUUGGGCACCUGCACCUGAGUUCAUGUAGUCUCACCUAG